AUGUUUGAGCUCUACUGUGUUUAUCCAUUACGAAUCAUCAUCAAUGAAGUGGAUGCAGAUUAUGGGUCUACAGAUCUGUUUUACAGAAUUGCCCAAAAGUUGUCUCGCAAAAUUCAUAGCGACUUGGACGAUGAGAAUCUAAAGGCUGGCUCUAUGGUUUUUUUGAUCAUCGGUGUUGUUUUUGUUGCCGCUUUACCACUUAUUGGGCUGGUAUUUUGCUGUGCUCAAUUUUGUGCAAAGCGCAACAUAAAAAAACGUCAACAAUCAAAGUGCAAUGUGGGUUUUUGCUUUACCACUUUAAUUCUUCUAAUUUCAUGCAUUUGCAUUCUUGUUGGAUGCAUCUUAUUUGCUGUUAGUGUACAUGAUGCUAAAAAUGCUAGCGAUGAUCUUGAUGAGCAGUUUGCUAAAAUCGAUCCUGGUAACUUUUUCUUCUGUUGCUCUUUGUUCUUCUCUAAAACUUAUAAGAAAACUAAUCGAGCGUUGAUAAGAUUCUGGGCUUCGGCUAUGAAAUAUAAUGUUUCAUCUAUGAUUGAUACACUAAAUAAAACAUUAUCCAAUGCAAGUCGAUUAUUGCACGAUUUAUUGGAAAAAGUUAAAGACGUACCAGAGGCUCAACAAGAAGUGAAUAGUCGUUUGGAGACAGUAAACAAUUCAAUGACUGUAUUGGAACGCUGCAAAGAAGAUACAGAUGAUCUUUCCACCAAGAUAAAUAAUACAAUAAAUGAACUUGAAGAGAAUUUGGAAAAUUUCGAAAAAGAGAUGACUGACGGUUUGAAUAAAUCUAAAGAGGAGACAGACAGCGUUGCAGAAUCGGCACAGCUCGUUGCUACCCAAAUAUCUGCAAUUCUGCCCAAAAUUUAUGAAAGCGUCAAUGAUACAAGCGAAAAAAUUUUGCAGCUACGUGAUAAUAAAAUGUUUCGAGAAACUGGUAUAGUGGAUGGUGUUUAUGCAGUCGGAAUUAUACCUUCAUUAGUAAUUGUUGUUCUCUCUUUAUUCGUGCUUUCGUACAGUUGUUGUCAAAUUUUGCUAUGUCGACGUAUACCUCCAAAAAACGGGUGUGCCAGUAACUGUUGUCAGAAAGUAACCUUAUGUACUCUCACUCUUACAUGUCUCUUUGGGUGGAUUGUAAUGGCACUAGCAAGUGUCUCUGUCGGACUCAAUCUGCGAUUACAAGCAAACGUUGAAAAAAUUGGGAUAAGCAACAGUGGUCUUAGGUGUUUACUGAUUGCACCGUUUCGUUUACGCGUAUCCUUCUUCCCCGCUUACACUGUGGAAACUAUGUGCAAAUCAUUGUUUUAUGAUACAGAGAAGACCCCAUCUGAUUUGCUGCUAAAUUAUCUGCCAUCAUUUCGUUACGAAGUUAAACCACCGCUUAAUUCGUCGAUUCCGUUUGACUUAAAGCUUGGGUCAAUUUUAUACGACUGUGUCAAUGAUAAUUACUCACUUUUUGGAGCUAUGUCUGGAUCAAUGUUGUUCAACAUAGAUGAACUACAAAAACUAGCCAAUUUAACAGAAGGCGAAGAGGCUGAGUUGAAACAGUUUAAGGAGUCAGCGGAGAAACUUAAAUAUGACGUUUCGGCCAAUAUAAAUGUCACAAAUUUCGAAAGAGACGUUAACAGCUCAACUAAUAUUUACGAAAAUUUCAAUACUAGUUUAACAGAAUGUUGGAAGGCCUUGCCCAAAAAUAAAACAGUAAAUGAAACAGAAGUGGCUUUAAAAUCUGCUAAAGAGCAGAUAGGUACAGCGACAGAAAACUUGAGAGAUGUCUUGAAGAAUAUCUACAACGCUUUGUCUCAGGCAAAAUUAUCUGGGAAUUUUACAAAGAAUGCUGGCGAUGUUACCAGUGUUUACCAGCAAAUCCGGAAUAGUCAAAAAAAUCGUUUAACAGAAAUGCAGUGUCAGCCAUUAUAUGUAACUUGGAAAAAUAUUGGCAAUGUUUACUGUAAUCAUAUUGGGAAACCAAUGCAAGGUGUAUGGGCAGCUAUUGGAUUUUCAGCAGUCUUCGUACUUCUACUAUCACUUUCUCUGAUUUGUACAUCAAGAUAUUUGUCAAAACCGAGAAGACACAGUAGACAAAAAAGAGGUAAUUAUUCAGCCGAUGAUGGCUUCAACGCACCACUCAAGGCCAAUAAUGAAAGAACACAAGCACAGUAUUACAAUCAAGGUGGAAAUGCCAGUGUUGUCUCUAAUCAGCGCUAUCUUGGAAACAGUCAAUACUAUCCGUAA